AUGCCCUCUCCGACCCAGUGGCUCGAGCGCCUCGUUCGCCGAGGCUCACCCGACUACGCGCCGUUGCGCUCCGAGCGGUUCACGUCCGUCGCGAGCGAGGCGUCGUCGACGAUCGACUUUGGCGACGGCGACAGUCCGGCGCUCGACACGUCCAAGGAGCGCCUCACGCUCGCCGACCUCGACCAUGACGACGAGGACGAGGCGCCGCAGCGCACGUCGCGCAAGCGGCGAGGCCGGCUCGCGCUCGCAGCCGCCGUCGUUGGCGCCGCCGUCGCCCUGUCGCUCCUCGGCGCCUCGUCCCUCGUCCUCCUGCGUGCCCCUGCAGCACCUGCCCUCGACCCAUCCUGGGCGCCGCCCUGUCCCGCCCGCGCCUUCUCCACUGGCCGGUGGGUCGAGCGCGACCCGGCGCCGUCGCCCAACGCGAGCAUCUGGGCCUCGACGGGCUUCACCGGGUGCGCCCAGGGCUGGUUCCGCAACGACUGGCACCUCGGGCUCGUGCCGCCGAGCGGCGAGAACCCGGCCGGCGAGGGCGGCGUGUGGCCCAUGAGCGGGUACCGGCGGCGAGCGGGCGUGUGGGAGUGGCGGCCCGAGGACGAGGUGUGCGACGUGUUGGACGACGAUGCGGCAGCAGAAGGUGGAGAAGGCGCGCGGGUGCAGGGCGUCGACGUCGUGCGGCUCUUGCAGGACCUCGUCGACCACGGCGCGUGGCUCAUCGUCGGCGACUCGCUGUCGGAGCAGCAGUUCUUCUCGCUCGGGUGCCUCCUGUUCCCGCACGUGCACGCGCUGUGGCCGAUGCCGCCCAUGAGCGAGUGGCAGCAGAUCAAGGAGGAGCACCUGUUCCUCGACCCGGCGAGCCCUCUCGUCGCAAGCGGUCGCCUCACCGUGCCCGAGGGCUUCGACUUUGCCGGCUCGCCAGUCGUCUCGCACGUCCGCACCGACCACGGCCUCGCCCCCUCGGAGCUCGUCGACAUCUACGCGACGUUCCACGAGCAGUCGCCUCCCGCCCUCGCGGCGCAGUACCCGGCGCUCGCGUCCCUCCCUCCCCACCCGAACCCGCGCUCGAUCCUCACCGCCGUCGAGACCUUCUCGCCCUCGAUCGACUACUACCUCGACCUGUUCCUCCGCCCUUCCUCGCCGCGCAACAUCUCGACCGGCAUCUCGCCGUCGUACUCGCCCUCGACGACGCCGCCCGACGCGCUCGCCGUCGAGCGCGACGCGACCCGCUCGGCGCACUACCGCGCCCUCGUGUUCUCGACCGGCGCCCACUUCAGCUCGCGGCACUUUACCCUGCCCGACGGGCCCAUCACGUACGCCGUCCCGGCGGCGGAUGCCGUCGUCGGCGAGGUGGGCAACGUCGUCGAGCCCGGGUCGAGCGCGCCGGCUUCGGCGUCCACCGGCGUCGGCAACGCGCAGGUCGAGUUCUUUGAGCUCGUCGUCGACGCGUGGGCUGCGCGAGUCAGCGCCGCUCUCGACGAGGCGACGCCCGAGGAGCGCGAGGGCAAGGUCGUUCUCGUGCGGCCGAGCAGCGGCGGGCACAACGACUGCCACUCGGCGAAGCGGCCCGUCCAGGACGGCGAGGAGGUCCAGAGCAGCUGGUACAGCUGGGCCGACAUGGCGGUCAUGAACGCCAAAGCCGAGACGCUCAUCGACCAUCUCGCCAACCCGCAAAUCGCCUUUCUCGACCUCGCCCGACCUGCCAGCCUUCGACCCGACGCUCACACGAACGACGACUGCCUGCACCUCUCGACUGGAACGGGCGUCAUCGAGGGCUGGACGAGGUACAUCUCGUACUACCUGCGUGAGCGCAGGGCGGUCGCCGGGCGCGCACGAGGCGGGACCUCGAUUUGGGCGAGUCGCCUGAGUGACCUCGUCCCUCGCUCGUCGACGAUGUUCACGCCACUGCCCUCCUUCAUCGGCGGCCUGUUGCUGUCGUUCUCGACGUCGACGCUGCUCGUGACACAGGGGCGCACCCUCGGCUGCAGCGGCGUCGCCCACGGCACCGUCGACGCGCUCGUCGGCUCACUCGCGCCCGGCGGCAAGGACCAGUCGUCGGAUGGCGACCGCAAGGCCAAAGCGCAGGCGGCGUCGUCGAGCGGGUGGAAGUUGGCCGUGACGGGAGGGCUCGUCGCCGGUGGUGCGCUCCUGCGCCUCGUGCGGCCGCAGCUCGAACGCGUCGUCGGUGCGGCGGUCUUUGACGCGCCGCUGAGCGCAACGCAGGCGGGCACGGCGCGCGUCGUCCUCGCCGGGCUGCUCGUGGGCGGCGGUACCAAGCUCGCGAACGGCUGCACGAGCGGGCACAUGCUCCUCGGCCUCGCGCGCCUCUCGAAGCGCUCCCUCGCCGCCGUCGUGACCUUCUUCGCCACCGCCCUCGUCACCUCGCGCCUCGCGCCCUUCUCCCCCAGCACCUCCUCGACGUUCCUCGCACCUCCCUCGACGUCCCUCCCUCUCUCGACCGGCGCCGCCCUCGCCCUCCUCGCGCUCGCGCCCCUCCUCUCCCUCCCACCCCUCUUGACCUCGCGCUCGCGCCCCGACUCGUACUACGCCCGCCUGCACGCCUUCCUCCUCGGCAUGACGUUCUCGAUCGGGCUCGCGCUCGCGGGCAUGACGCGCCCGUCCAAGGUCCUCGCCUUCUUCCACGUCCCGCUCCCGUUCGUCCCCUCGCCGUCGCAUGGCGCAGCCUGGGACCCGUCGCUCGCGAUGGUCGCACUCGGCGGCCUCGUGCCCAACGUUGCCGUGUGGCAGGCCGUCCGAGGGUGGAAGAGCCCGCUCAGGGCCGAGCGGUGGAGCGUGCCGAGGGGAGGGGACGUCGACGCCAGGCUCGUGCUCGGCUCGGCGGCGUUUGGCGUCGGGUGGGGGCUUCUCGGGAUCUGCCCCGGCCCGCUCCUCGCCGUCCUCGGAGGCGGGUCCGGCUCAGCCAUGACGGUGUUCGCGGCGGCUUUCGCAGCGAGCGGGCUCGCAGUCGGUCGGCUCUCGGCGUAG